AUGACGAGGAAGAACCUAGGCGAAACCAAAACCCCACCUUCGUCUACCUCGGUUCCUCCCCCACCGCCGGCGGAGCCCAAGAUGGCGGCGACCAUCGAUGUCCUCGACAACGACGACCUCCGCGACAUCCUCCGCCGUCUCCCCGCGGCCGACCUCCUCCGUGCCGCCCUCGCCUGCCACCGCUGGCGCCGCGUGGCCUCCCGUUGCUGCCCCCGCGCAGCCCCGCUCCUCGGCUACUUCUUCCACCCCACCAAGGACUCCGAUCGAACCUGCUACGACGCCGUGUUCGACCCCCUCGACGCCUCCGUCCCGCGCCUCUCCCUCGACUUCGCCCCGGACGCCUCCAACUUCCAGCUCUACGACUCCCACCAAGGCCUCCUCCUCCUCGAACCGGCCGUCAAACUCCCCAAGGGCAUCCUCCCCCGCUUCCUCGUCCUCGACCCGGCCACCCGCCGCCGCGUGCUCCUCCCGCCGCCCCCGCGCGACACGGUCCCCGACGACCGCAUUUGGCGCGCCUCCAGGUACUACAUCGGCUCCGCGCUCCUCUCCCGCGCGCACCCCAGCAGGCUCUCCUUCGAGGCCAUCUGCUUCGCCAUCGACGACGGGCACCCGCGCGCCUGGGUCGCGUCCGUCGACGACGGCGAAUGCAGCUGGCGCGCGCUCCCACGGGACGAGGAUGUCCUGGUCGAAUUCGACCCCUGGUUGUUCGAGAAACGCGGCGUGCACGCCGCCGGGAAGAUCUACUGGCACAUCUGCAACUCCUGGCGCGUGCUCGUGCUGGACCCGUCCACGCUCAAGUUCUCCUACCUGCGGGCGCCGGACGCGCUGGGCUGCGCCAAGUACCGCGUCGGGGAGACGCCGGAGGACGGGCGCCUCUGCAUCGUGACCGACGCCGAGAGCCAGCUGCAGCUCUGGGUGCGCGGGCAGACCAGGUGGAGCGACAGGGGCUGGCUUCUCGAGAGGAAAAUCGUCGACUUGCGCGUGCUCUGCGACAUGAUGCCUGGCCUGCCCAAUCACCCCAUGUUCAGGACCCUCAGCGUCUGGCCCAGCGACAUGGACGCCGCCCGCUCCGGGAAGGUUUUCAUCAGAACCAUGGGGUACGGCCGCUUCUCGUUCCAUCUCGAUACGGGCAAGCUCGAGCGUCUGUCCACGGAAACCGGCAUGGAUUACGGACACCCCAUCUUCGCCUACUUUCUCGCAUGGCCGCCCGCCUUCCUUGCUCCCGAGUACUGA